UCUCUCUCUGCCACCACUAUAAGAAAGUCUCUCUCAUAGGCUGCCGGUUUAGUUUGAGUGCAUAUCCGGAGCUCGAGAAUCUGGCGCAAUACCAGCUAGCUUAUUGUGCUAUCAUCAUUAUCAUCAUCAUCAUCAUCAUAUUAUACUUUGUUCCCGCUUCCUCCUCCCUCCUAGAGGAACUGCACUGCACUGCACCGACCGACCUACCACCUACCUACCUGAGACUAACCUACCCGAGACUGGUAUUAGCUGCUGCUGCUGCUGCUGCUACUACCUCCUACCACCUCCUGCUACUACUCGUCCUUCCUCGACGGGCGCGUGACCUGCUCUGGACCCGAGAGGUCAUUUUGUCUGUCUGCUGUUGCUUCGCACUCUACUCCGUCUCCGCCCAUUGUGUGAGGGCGAGAGGCCUGCUUGCGACGACAGACGACAACGACAACGAUAACGACAAACGACGAUAACGACACCGACAACUACGACACCAACAACCACGACCACGACAACCACGACACCGACAACUACGACACCGACAAUCACGACACCGACAAUCACGACACCGACAACCACGGCGACAAACGACGACGACAUCGCUGUGGCCUGAAUCGUCCACAUCGACCAUACCAGCCAGUAUGGCCUUCCAACAACCGCAGCAGCGCCCACGUCCCACACGACACCUGUCAAUCGAUCAGCCCUCGCAGCAACAGACUCCCGCUCCCACAUCGCCUGCGACACGACGGACUACCGAAGAAUCGCAGGAAUGGAUCCUGUUCUCGCCCCAGAACGACGAAUAUAGCGCGACAGGCACCUCACGAACACCCCGGACUGCGACACAUCGGACACACUCCGACAUCGCCUCGUUGGAGACACACGUCCGGUCGGAAAACAACCCCGACGACAGUGGCACAUGUCUGGGUACGGAAGCCGACGAGCUGGAUAGUCUCGACGACGGCCUCCACGCCUUCCACCACCACCACCACCAACACCACCCCUUCACCGAUCCCUCGAACCUCGACCAGAGCGGAGGGACGGUGCUACCCACCCACGAUGGCUUUGGCACCUUCCCCUCCGGCAUCGACCUGCAAGAGCAUCUAUGGCAGUUUGAACGAUAUAAUCCGCACCGACGGAGCACAAAGCAACAUGCACGGCGCCGCAGUAGUGUCCAGCGCAGAAUGGACGAAAUCGAAGUCGAGCAAGAUGUCACUCCCGAGGACGAGCGGACGGCUCGCAUCGAGAAGUGGCGAUUGGACCAGAGUAAAGCAGUGCUGGAAGAGAUUGAGCGGGAAACUAGACGUCGGAGACGGCGACUCAGUCGCAUGGCCACGGGCACCAGUGCUGCGGGGGAUGAUGUUCGAACUAGUCUACCAGAUGAAGCUCUCUCACGACUACUCACGCGUCAGGACUCUGCCAUCACCAUCGACGCCGCCACGGAUCAUCAGCCUCCGAGCGAGUCGUGGUGGCGAAGAAUCACUCGCAAAGUGAUCAAGGACCUGAUCGGUCUGGAUGAAGCCACGCUUGCCGUCAUCUUUGGAGAGCAACUGGUAGACGAUGCCUCGCCCACCCCCACACGGCCUUCGCCACUUGCUGCGCGCGCCAUGGAAGAGUCACGAGUCGCAUUCCAAGACGCAGAUCCCGCAUGGGAAGUGAAGCUCCUCGAUCGCAUCGCACGCGAGCUGGGCAUCUUGGUCCACACCCUCUCGGAAGCCGAUGGCUCUGCCUUUCAGUCGUACAAGAACACGCAGCGGGAGGAAUUCGAGUAUGCAGGUCUCCCACGCAAUACUCCACGCCAGCUAUCUCUCCGACAACGUCGACGAGAAGAGAAAACCACGCGGCCCGGGACAGCGCCGACGGAAAAUGCUUUUGUGCCCACGGUGCCACUGUCGCCUCUCUCGUCGGGCACCGGGCCGGGCGAUACAUCGUUAUGGGGCAUCGAAGAAGAGCCCGAUCAUGUCAUUGAUGAUGAGGAAGCGACGAAGCUACAGCAAGAACGAGAGUACUGGGAGCGUGACCUGGACGUAAAGAUGGUCUUUUCCUACCUCAAGAAUCGCUUCUCGAGUGCGGAAGCAGCUGAACCAGCAGCCCCCACCACUGCUGCUGCAGACUCCAUUGGUCCCCUGCCCGCAUCCUGGGCGACUGUUCCCACCCAGUCCGCCAUGGGCACCUCGCCACAAAGCCAGCGCCGCCAAGAGAUUAUUCGCCAGCAGCACCCACUCGUAUCUCGAGCAGCCGAGCGUGCGGUAGAGCGUGCGCAAGCACACGCGGCACAUGCGCGAAGACGAGAGACGCUGUUGAAGAAACACCAAAUGGAGCAGCUUGCCCGAAAACGAACCGGACACAGCAGCUGCGCUAGCCAAAGCACCAAGAGGAGUCGACACACCAAGAGCGGCAGUUCGCGACAUUACUGGGAUAUUGGUGGAAGCACAGGGAGCAUGCACAGUGGCCAGGCCAUGUCCUCUGCCCUCGGCGGAUGGGGAGAAGUGUGAGUUGCUCACUCGCGUAACGAUACUCGCUACGAUUGACCAUUCCCCACUUUAAACGAGAAAGAGAAAGAGAGAGAAAGAAAGAGAGACAGGGCAGGAGAGCCGUCUCAAUUCGCCUUGUAUCAUUUCAUCUCCAUAUACCACUUCGCUCAGUCGGCAUUUUUCAAGCGAUUACAUGAACCAUGAUGCAUCCGUGUACACGAUAGAUAUUACCGUAUGGAGAGAUUUUUCC